ACAUAAUAUUUUUAAAAACACUGUUUAGUACAAGAGCAUUGACAAAACGAUUCAAUAUUCUUUAGUGCAUUUUCAUCGUAUUUGAAUUUCGCCAAACGCAAAUAAAAAUGUUCACAUGCAAUCAAUAAAAUAUUGCACUGCAGGUAGUGAUUUAUGCGGUGAACCCCAAUUUAUAUAUAAUGUUUAGUAUACAGCGAUCUAUAUAUUGAACUUUAAGUCCACCGCCAUUAAGCCAUUAAACGGUUUGGUGCACUCCUAUAGGAUAACAACCUGAAAAGAGCUGGACUGGACUCAUGAGUCUCGUUACCUGACAAACCAGCAAAAUGAUACGUUCGACAAUAGGAUUAAUACUGGUGAACGUAGUGGUGUUCACCACAUCUCAAAAUGUACCAUCAAUUGUGACCCAGCAACCAAGACCAACUGAAAAGUACCCGCAUUAUUUGGAACUUGACGAACUUCAAAGAUAUCAUUUGUUCUGGAGUUUUACAGAGGAAUCCAUCACGUUUGAGGCUCAUGUGUUAACUAAAGGAUGGGUAGGCUUAGGGCUGAGUACCUCGGGUGGUAUGGUAGGAUCGGAUAUCGUCAUUGGAGGCAUUCGAGAUGGUCAACCAUAUUUCAAGGAUCGUUUUGCCACUGCUAAUGCUAAACCUAGUGUUGAUGAGAGUCAGGACUGGGAGCUGUUACUUGCAAAGGAGGAAGGACCGUUUACCGUUCUAAAGUUUACCCGACCACUCACUAAUUGUGACAAUGAAGACAGAGAUAUAGAGGAGGGUACCGUACGUUUGAUUUACGCUUGGGGCGAAACUGAUGGGGAAUCCUCAGAAGAAGACCUUAUGUACCACGGAGCCGAACACCGGGGAACAAAGAGCGUCAGUUUGUUGGAUUAUGGUAACCCUGAAGUCAUGGAUGUUACUGAAGAGGAUGAUCUACAACACUUUGACCUGCUUAUUGGCAAUAUUACGAUAUUACCUAAACGCACAGUAUACGGAUGCCGAUUGCAGAGACUCCCAGUGUUGUCUGGGAAACAUCACGUGAUCCGAAUUGACCCAUUAGUCGAGGAGAAGAAUAGAGGCAUAGUGCACCAUAUCGUCCUCUAUAUGUGUAGGAUGCCCGCCUCCAACAUCGAUAUGUCUGACGAGAAACCCAACAUAUGCUGGGAGAGCAGAAUGCCAGAAAAUGUGACAGAUUGUGACUCCAUUAUGUGGGGUUGGGGUGUAGGUGCAGGGAUCUUUCACUUCCCUAAGAAUGUUGGCUACCCUAUAGGGGGAGUGGAUGACCCGGUGUACAUCAAUUUAGAACUUCACUAUGACAACCCUCAGAAUCUAGAAGGUGUGAUAGACAACAGUGGCAUGCGUAUCUACUAUACCAGUAAUGUGAGAACAUAUGAUGCGGGUACUAUGGUUGUUGGGCAUAGUUUAUUCCCCAUGGCCAUCCCAAGUGGGGCCGAGGACUUCACUAUUGAAGCACCAUGCAGCAAACAAUGCACCAGCAGGCUGCUACCACCCGGGGGAAUCAACAUAUUUACAGCUUUCCUACACACACAUAUUGCAGGCACAAGUAUAAAGACUCAGUUGUUCAGAGAUGGUGUGGAACUGGCUCCCAUAGCAGAGGAUGAACAUUAUGACUUCAACUACCAGCAAACGCGACUUCUGAAGACACCCGUGAAUGUUUUGCCUGGAGAUGAAAUGCUAACAACAUGCCACUACAAGACAAAAGAUCGGAAACAGACCACCAUGGGUGGCCCAGGGAGUUUUGAUGAGAUGUGCCUGAACUUCUUUACCUACUACCCAAAGAUUAACCAAGCAACUUGUUUCUCUUCAACACAAAGUUUCUUUGACCUGAAUCAGUACCUAGUGGAGAAGGCCAUGCUGGGUGAGAUGACCAUUGACCCAUCUAGCAAUGCAUCAAUGAUAGACAAACUCAAGGAUAUACCUUGGACUGAGAAGGACAGGCAACACUUUGAAAAGUUGGGCAGAGAGGGCAGAGGAUUCCAGGAAUCUUGCUCUUACGCUGGUAGUGGGAGAUCUACUUUCAAUGGAGAAACUUACUAUGUUGCUAAGAAACCAAUGUAUCAUACAAAGUAUGUGAAACCAAGCAAGUGCAGGACAGAGGAAACCUUUGAGGACACAUCAACUGCAACACUGACACAACUAAGUCUCAUCACCAUGGCAACUACUGUCAUGACAACCAUAAUGACAUUUUAGACACUGCUAUAAAGGGAGUAAGAAAAGUAUAAGACUUUCUUGUACUUUCUAUCUUAAAUACAUAUCCUGUUCUGGAGAGUUAAGGCCACUGGCUGGUCUUAACAGAUUGCAUUUUACUGAUUAUAUUGCUUUGGAAUAUUUUAGUUUUACUUCACAGGAUACUGUCAUUUUAAACAAAGCCUGUCUUUGCAGUACUUAUUUUUAUACCUAAACUUAUGAAGACAUACAUAUUUGUAUAUCAGAUUUUAUAUUUACCUUAUAAUUAUUAUACAAUGAUGAAGGCACAUGAAAGAAAUCAUACAACCAACAAACAGAUACAAAAGGCAUGAACAUAAUGCAACAAGAUUUAUGGAAAAACUUUCAAAAUGGCCAUCAGAAAAGAUAAAUGUCAUAAAGUUAAUCAGCUCUAGAAUUUGGUAUUCUCUAUUUUGUGUACAAAAGACUAGUCUAGGUUUGGAGAAUGAAGUUCAUCAGUCUACUGCACGUUACGCCUGCUUUGGACAUUUUUGAUAUUU